AAAGUUUGUUUGUUCGCGGAAUGCGGUGUGUGAUGAAAACGUGUUACUAACCCCGUUCGGCGAUAAUCAAAUUAAUCUGAUUGGGAUAUUCGAUACAUAUCUUGGACUUCCAAGACACCUACAGUGUCAUUACGCACGAGACUCCUAUAGUCGAUCUACGUUUUCCUCGCUGCAUUGAGGCACCACUAACCAACGAUUAGGUAUCAGUGUUUCAACAUACAAGAUCUGAAUUACAGCGACCUCAAUGCAAAUCUGAAAGGAGGAUAUGCACAGCAACAGCGACCAGAGUUGUGGAAAGUAUUUGUAUGUGAGAUCACGGAGGUUUGACCGUGAGCGUCUCGUCAGUUCAAAUUGACCUAACUCUGCUUGGUUUGAUCGCUGCUUAGUCAAUAGGAAAGAUACCGUUCAGCGAAUGGACUGAAGACUCUGACAUUCCACUAGUAGCCAAGAUAAGCUUUACGUAGCUACCAGCUGGUUGCUAAGAAGGGUUAAACUGUAUCUAAAGGGAGUUGGAAAACCCAGCCUUUUCUUCCACACGGAUCAACUCAUUGGGUGGGAGCUGAGAGAGAGACAAGAGUCCCCAGCAAAUCAGGACCUAAUUGAUUAAAGAGACUUAAUUUGAAUAGGGGGCUGGCGAGGUGCCAAUAGCCUUUCAAGGAACCCCCGAAUGAUUAAUCGCAAAGCAUUAUUGAUAAUCAUAACAGGACACAUGCGCGGUGGAUGGACUCGAUUUUCGUAAUUUUGAGCAGAUUUUUUAGUAAUUUUUUAUUCUUUCUUGGCUGAUGUGUGAGCCAGCAUGUCGCGGAGGAAACAAGCAAAGCCGCAACAUUUCCAAUCGGACCCUCAUCUGGCUUUAUCCGAGCACAAUGGGGACACAGAAGAGCCCUGCUCGGAGGAAGACCCCCCCUGCAAGGAAUCAGAUGCCCAUGUCUGUAGCAGAUGUUGUGCUGAGUUCUUUGAACUAUCAGAUCUUGAACAACACCAGAAGAAUUGCACUAAGAAUCAAUUAGUUCUGAUAGUGAAUGAGAAUCCUGCCUCUCCUUCCGGAAGCUUCUCGCCUGGCUCCCCUCCACAUAAUCCUGAUGAGCAGAUGAAUGACAUGGUUAAUAACACUGAUCAAGCGCAGUGCAGUGACCUUUUGGAGCAUAACGCUCUCGACAAAGAAGAAUCCAUGGACGUCGACGUUUCCGGAAUCAACGUUCAUCCUGGUCACGACAAUGAUGGAGGCAGCAGCAACAUGGAGGGAGGCAGUAACAGCAACAUGAACACGGGCGAGGGAAAUGGCCACAGUUCCAGCAGGAACAGCUCCGGACCAGCACCGGGCACCUCGUCCGUCUCUGCCCCCCAGCUACCUCCGCUUGGAAACCUGACUGACCUGGGGAGCAUCUCUAUGAUCAACAGCAAUGUCAUCAUCGAAAACCUGCAGAGCACCAAAGUGGCUGUGGCACAGUUCACCCAGGAGACGCAGCGCUCCUCUGGGUCUGGGUCCGGGGGCCCCAGGGUGGCAGUGCCGGCCCUGAUGGAGCAACUCCUGGGUCUGCAGCAGCAACAGAUCCACCAGCUGCAGCUCAUUGAACAGAUCCGUCACCAGAUCCUGCUACUGGCCUCCCAGUCCCCUGAAAUGCAGGUGCCCCCCAGCAUCUCAACACCAGGGGGCUCGUUGGGGCCGUCAGCCAACCCACUGACCACGCUCAGCUCCCAUCUCUCACAGCAGCUGGCUGCAGCUGCGGGCUUAGCACAGAGCCUGGCCAGCCAGUCUGCCAGCAUCAGCAGCCUGAAGCAGCUGGCUGAAAGGGCGCAGCUACCUCAGAGCAACAACCCCAGCAGCGGUGAAUCAUCUCAGAGCAUCAGCUCACUGGGGUCGUCCACAGUCAACAACGUCCAGUCGUCCUCUGACAAGAGGCCAAUACAUGCGAUCAGCAGCAACCUCCACUCUCAGCUCAGUAACCCAUCACACACUAAGUCAUCCAUGCCAGCCUUUGGGAUAGGUAGCCUGUUGAACCCUGUAACUAAUCCACAUCUACCUCAGCCCCCAUCUGGAAACCACCUGUUUUCCAGCUCCCUGCCCAGUAUUGGCACCACAGUGGAGGACCUCAACUCUCUGGCUGCACUGGCCCAGAGGAAAGGCAAGUCACCAACUUCAUUUGAACCCAAGAGCAGCUCAGAGGAGGCGUUCUUCAAGCAUAAGUGCAGAUUUUGUGCCAAGGUGUUCGGGAGUGACAGUGCCUUGCAGAUCCACCUGCGAUCUCACACAGGUGAGAGGCCGUACAAGUGUAACAUCUGUGGCAAUCGCUUCUCCACCCGCGGUAACUUGAAGGUCCACUUCCAGCGUCAUAAAGAGAAGUAUCCACAUGUUCAGAUGAAUCCAUACCCUGUCCCCGAGCAUUUAGACAAUAUUCCAACGAGCACCGGCAUUCCAUAUGGUAUGUCAAUGCCUCCAGAGAAGCCUGUGACCAGCUGGCUGGACAGCAAGCCUGUUCUCUCCACUCUGACCUCAUCAGUGGGCAUGCUGCUCCCACCAACCAUGCCCAGCCUGCCGCCAUUCAUUAAAAAAGAGGAUCAUUCGGUAGCCAUAACCAGCCCCCCCAUUUCGACAAAGACUGACUCCGGUCGUGACGCUGCUGAGCCAUCAAUGAAAAGCAACGACGGGUUGUCUGAAGAAGCUGCGGCCCUGCCUACAUCAAACGGGAAAACUGAAGAGGGCAGUCACUCGUCGAGCUUCAUGGCGAGCGUGAGCUCUGAGUCUGAGCGCAACACAGAAUACACAACUUCCAACAGCCCACCUAUGAUGACCAACCCUCUUAUGCCCCUCAUGUCUGAGCAGUUCAAGGCUAAGUUCCCGUUCGGGGGCCUUUUGGACCCGCUCCAGGGGUCGGAGACCUCCAAGCUGCAGCAGCUGGUGGAGAACAUCGACAGGAAGUUGACGGACCCCAAUGAGUGUGUCAUUUGCCACCGUGUGCUCAGCUGUCAGAGCGCUCUGAAAAUGCACUACCGUACUCACACUGGAGAGAGGCCCUUCAAGUGUAAAGUGUGUGGCAGAGCCUUCACCACCAAAGGGAACCUGAAGACCCACUACACCGUCCACCGGGCCAUGCCUCCACUCAGGGUCCAUCACUCCUGCCCCAUCUGUCAGAAGAAGUUCACCAAUGCGGUGGUCCUGCAGCAGCACAUCCGAAUGCACAUGGGAGGGCAGAUCCCAAACACCCCACUGCCAGACAGCUACCCUGAGUCCAUGGGCUCCGACACAGGCUCCUUCGAUGAGAGGAACUUCGAUGAGAACUUCGAUGACCUGGACAACUACUCUGAUGAUGAUAUGGAGGGGAUGGAAGGAGUAGAAGGGAUGGAAGAUGGCCCUGACAGCAGCAUCCCAGACACCCCUAAGUCAGCUGACGCCUCCCAAGACAGCCUGUGCAAUUCCCCCUCUCACCCCGAGAUGGUCGUCCAGGACGGGCAGGAGAAAAAUCAUCAUGCCCAUCACAAUGCCUACCACAAUACCCACCAUGAUAUUGACUAUAGAUUCCACCACAACAACCACCAUAACAAUCAGCUUAACAGCCACCAUGACAAUCAGCAUCACAACCACCAUAACCCCCACCAGAGGCUGGUAGAGGAGCUACAGGCCAGCAGAAUGAAGGCCAUGGGGAACGGAGGUUCAAUGGAAGGGGACUGCCUUACUAACGACUCCUCAUCCCUAGGUGGGGACAUCGAGAGCCCGAGUGCCGGGAGUCCAGCAGUGUCAGAAUCUACCUCUUCCAUGCAGCCCCCAUCCCCUACCAAUGGGCACCCCCAACAUCAACGUAAAUCCCCCAGCUUGGAGGAAAGACAGGAGAGGCAGGAGAGACAGGAGAGGCACCAGAGGGCUAUGUCCCUGGAUCAUAUCAGUGCCAGCCUCAUGCAGCAUCACCCUUCUAGCAUCGGGGCCCUGGACCUGACAUCCUGCAACCCGUCUAAAGACCCACUGGGCAUGCUCUUCCCAUUCCGUGAGCGCGGCACGUUCAAGAACACAGCCUGUGACAUCUGUGGGAAAACGUUUGCAUGUCAGAGUGCCUUGGACAUCCACUACCGAAGCCAUACCAAAGAGAGACCGUUCAUUUGCACAGCCUGUAACCGGGGCUUCUCGACCAAGGGCAACCUGAAGCAGCACAUGCUCACCCACCAGAUGAGGGACUUGCCCUCGCAGCUCUUCGAACCCUCUAACACCAGCCUCUCCUCCAGUCCGACCGCCUCCCUCCUCUCUGUGAACUCCCUGUCCUCCAUGAUCAAAUCAGAGGUCAACGGCUUCCUCCAUGGCCUCCACCACCACCAGGACCACCACAGGGACCACCACAGGGACCACCACAGGGAUCACCACAGGGACCACCAGGACCGAGAUCACCAUAAGGACAUGCCCAGCAACAUGCCCCAUGGCCUGGUGACCACCUCGGCCUCUACAUCCCCAGUGCUCUCGGCCUCUGCCCCUCCACGCCGGACACCCAAGCAGCACUACUGCAACACGUGUGGGAAGACCUUCUCCUCCUCCAGCGCUCUGCAGAUACACGAGAGGACCCACACUGGGGAGAAGCCCUUCGCCUGCCACAUCUGUGGUCGGGCUUUCACCACCAAAGGAAAUCUCAAGGUUCAUAUGGGCACACACAUGUGGAACAGCGCCCCUGCCAGACGCGGCCGCCGGCUCUCUGUAGACGGCUCUAUGGCCUUCCUGGGCACCAACCCUGUCAAGUUCCCAGAGAUCUUCCAGAAGGACAUGGUGUCUAGGGUGGGCAACGGAGACCCGGCUAGCUUCUGGAACCAGUACGCUGCAGCCUUCUCCAACGGCCUGGCCAUGAAGACCAACGAGAUCUCUGUCAUCCAGAACGGAGGCCUGCCAUCUCUGUCGGGGAGCAUGGGGAACGGGGGCAGCUCGCCCGUGGGCGGCCUCACAGGCAACCUGGAGAAGCUGCACAGUACAGAAACCAGUGCCGCUCUGGCUGGCCUGGAGAAAAUGGCCAACGCCGAGAACGGGACCCACUUCCGAUUCACACGUUUCAUGGAGGACAACAAAGAGAUUGCCACCAACUAGAUACUUUUUCCCUCUCAUAUGUACACACACACACACACACAUAGUGAGAGAAAAGAGAAAGAGAACAAGGCAAAGACAAAGAAUGACUUGGCUUUGGCUUGCCUUUGAAACAUUACCAACAUGAGUGUGAAGAGAACUUGCCUUUUUGUACAAUGUACAACAUGUUAUAGUUUUAAGGAGCUUAUUUAUUAGUGAUUAUAACCUUGCUUGGAACCAAGUGGAAGCAUUAACAGUUAGUUUUUUUCUGUUCUACAGCCAGAAUGGGUAUGAGCUGAAAGUGAGCUGUUGAAACUUUAGCAUAUCUUUACCUUGGCAUUAAGUUAUUUUUGGUCUGUAGUAUAUAGCUUUAACACAACUGUUGAUGUUCAUGUGAUGCAUUAGAUCUGUAAUAAGUGAAACAGAAUGGCUGUAAAUAAUGUACACUGAUCUACUCUAGAUGGUCUAACAGAUGUGUAUUAACGUUCCCCCCUGACAAGAAUCAUUGAGACUUCAGGCAAGGGACUAUGAUUACACUGUAGUCAUUUCCUUAUCAACCGCUGUUGAUCUUUUAUUUAAGGAAAAUGCAAGCAUUCAAGCAUUUCAAGUGUUUAUUUAGAGUUACAGUAGGCAUUUCUAGUGUUUAUUUAGAGUUACAGUAGGCAUUUCUAGUGUUUAUUUAGAGUUACAGUAGGCAUUUCUAGUGUUUAUUUAGAGUUACAGUAGGCCUAACCUGUUUUGUUCAUUAAUUGUAUUCUAUGUAUUGUACUUUUUUUCUUUCUUCCAUAGUUCCAUUUUUUUCUUCUUGAUCUUUUUUUUGUGUUGCUUUUUGGUGUAAAGUUUAACACAAAACAGUUGUGUUGUUAGAGGAGAUGAUGAAUUCAGAGAGGUUCGCUUCUGGGUUUGAACUGAGAAGAGAGCCAAUCAUGUGGGUGGGAUUCUCCUAUAGGUCAUCUGCUGGAUUUCCACAUUGCUGCUAUGUCCUCAGCAUCCUCAUUGGCAUCAAGUGCAACAUAUGUGUUGACGUCUAUGUAAAUAAUGUGAGACGUGAGAACUAGAAAUUCCAUCACAACAAAAUGUACAUAUAAGGCUCAUAAGACAAAGUCCAUCUUGGCUAGGGGACAAAUGAUAGUGUUUUUAUAAAUAUAAAUAUAUAUUAGGUUUGACAACCUUCGGACUGUUACAUGCACUUUCUUGGAAAGUUGGAAGAUCUUUAUGGGUCCAGUUUCUCUACACUUUAAUACCUACUAACAACUAACAUACUGUCAUUCUUUACUCUAUCAUUCAAAUACAUCCGUUUUCCAAAAGAAAACUAUGAGUGUGUGUGUCUCUUCAUUCUCUUUUGUUUCUUUCUGUUUUGUAUGCUUUAUGAUUGGAGAUAAUGGGGGUUUGGAAUAAUUGGAGGGUUUUCACUUUUGAAAUGUGGUCUUCUCAUGUUAUUUGAAGGAACAUAUAUUUUUUUGUGUGGAUUGAACUUUUAAAUUUGAGUUUAAAUAGGCAUACAUGCACUUAUGAAAUAAUACUGUAUCAUGGAUCUAUAACACUUGUCAAUGGUCAAUU